CGUUUACAAGCGGCGUUAUAAUGACGCUUUUUGCGAUAGCCGUGCCAAUGAUGGGAUCGGCUACACGGCUGUUCGUCGCCUUUUACUCGUCCGCUUCGGGACCAUUCGCUGGGCUCGUACUCCUUGCCAUCUCGUCUCCGUGGGUCAAAGCAAAGGCAGCAGCAUGGGCAAGCCUGCUGGUGUGCGGCCUGCAGAUAUGGCACGCCAUUGGCAGGAGCUUGUCAGGCAUAUCGACGCCACCAAUCCUUUACGGAACGCUGGAUCGUUGCCCAUUGCCCACAAAUUCUACUGACGGAAUGGACACGCCCGUUUCGACAAACGCGUUGUCACAUGAAAGAGAAGCAGAAUUUGACAUUAUGACCCUAUAG